AUGGAAAUUGGUAAAUUGAAUAUAAAUAUUAAAGAAUGUGGAUGCCAAAAAAGUAGUAGUAGUAAUAGUACUGUUGACUACAACAACAACAACAAUAUUAAUAAUAUAUAA